CGUUCAGUGUAAGACCCCGUAUGUGACUAGUACAGGAGUUCCUCCCUUGGAGAAUCCAAUUACCUCUAUUUCCCAUUCGUAUUUAUAUAAACCUAUCCUACCCAGACACCGGGAGGAAUAACCCACUGGAGUUUCAAUCAAAGGUAGCGCUCGCUGACGCACUCUAAGGCUAAACUUACUUGGGGUCACAGUUCCACAUUUGCCACAAACUGUUUACAUUUUUUUUGUCUCUUCAUCGUCCUCCGCCUUCUUCGUCUCUCUCUUCCACUUCUCUCGUUUAUUUCAUAUACACUAUCUUGUUAAUAUGGCUGCCAACACUUUGAGGAAGAGAAAAAUCGCAGUUCUAGGUUCCCGUUCAGUCGGCAAAUCUUCUCUUGUCGUACAAUUCAUCGAGAACCAUUUUGUUGAUGCAUACUAUCCAACCAUCGAAAGCACCUUCUCGAAAGGCGUAGCUUAUAGAGGCAUAGAAUAUGACUGUGACAUCAUCGACACCGCUGGCCAGGAUGAAUACUCCAUUCUCAAUUCUAAACAUGCAAUUGGUAUUCACGGCUACGUCCUCGUAUACUCAGUCACCUCAAGACGAUCUUUUGACAUGAUCAAAAUCGUAUACGACAAAAUCGUCGAUUUUUGUGGCAAAAACGAUAUCCCAUGCGUCAUCGUUGGUGCUAAAACUGAUUUACAGACGAGUAGACAGGUGGCUCCAAAUGAAGGAGAAGAACUAGCAAAACUCAACAACGCUGCUUGGGUCGAGACUAGCGCAAAGAAUAACGUCAACGUUGGCAAGGUCUUCGAGCUAUGUCUUGCGGAGAUUGAGAAACGGUCACCGUCUGGCAAAACGGACCAGCCAGAAGCAAGCAGGUGUCUCAUUAUGUGAUAGACGCCACUCGCCCGUCCCUGGUCUCCUUGUUGUCAUGCUCUCCGGUUACCCGGUCUCUUUUCAUACCCUGAGCCGCUCGUUUUUCCUUGCACAAGUAUUUCCUUUCACUCCCUAGGAGUUCUUCACCUUAUCUGAUUUUUUUUCAUCGGAUUAGACUGUUUCUUUAUAAUCCGCUACAUUGGUCAACGUCUUGUUGCGACUUGUACAGCGUGUAAAAUAAUUCUUUCCUAGGGUCUUUCUGUCUGGUUUUCGACAGUACUAGUAGUGUCUUCCCUGGUGGUUCAUAAUUCAUAUUCAUAUCUCCACA